AUGCAAACAGCGAAGACAAGUACGACGCCUCUCAGGCAGUUAGCACUUCAUUCGACUACCACAUGCUCGUCGCACGCAACGACAUAUGGAAAAUGUAUACUUGCUGCUUAUACAGAUGUUCGCAAAGAUUCUUGCAAACAAGAAUUUGAAAAGUUCGGGCAGUGUUUGCGUGAAGCUGUAUGUCUUGCCCGUGAUGAUAAAGGAAGCAUCUUCUGA